UCCUAUUGACAUUGUGUGUGCGUGUUUUAGGUUAUGAAAGUACUAUCUAAUAAAAAAAUAUAUUUUUCCAGUUUUUAGUUUUCUAUUUCUAUAGUUAAACUUUGAUUUAACAUUUAUAAGUGAUGGAAGUGUGAAUAAUAGACAACUAUGGCUUUAUUCCAUAAAAAGAUCUUUCAACCUUUGUUAGUGAACUUUCCGAAAUUUUCUUCUUUUCGCAAUACUGACUUUAUUUUAAAACAAAUUGAACCAUCUAUUCAGCUUACUCAGAAGCGUUUAUUAUUUUGGGAGAAAGAUAGAAAAGGUGGAUACGAGACUAAGAUUAAGGUACCAACUUUGGAACACAUAAAACUAGGUUUCAAGGAGCUAAAGUAUGAAUUAGACCUAUUGAAAGAAGAAAUCAGGCAAACGAUUGUCACCGACCCUUUGUUAGUAGCACGACCAGGUGAAACAGAUUUGUUGUGGCUUUUCAACAAACAAGAAGUGCUGGACAAGUUUGUGACGACCAGCGACAGCGAUCAUAAUGAAGGAUACAGCACAUGCGCACUGGAGAUGAGCCGCGCGGGCCGGGCGCGUUUCCACGGCACCCUGGACGUGCGCGUGCCGAAAGAUGGCCGCAUCAAGAGGGCUGGCUACUGCGCCAUGAGGUCUGCUCGGGUUAGGAAAUCGUUCAAGCGUUCGUCUACCUACGAUUGGAAUUUGUACAACACACUAGUACUGAAAGUGAGAGGCGACGGGAGAUCUUAUCUGCUGAAUAUAUCCUGUGAAGGCUUUUAUGACAUCACCUGGAACGACAUCUACCAUUACGUGCUGUUUACUAGAGGUGGACCAUAUUGGCAAAUAGCUAAGAUACCAUUUUCAAAGUUUGUAUUAGGAUCAAAAGGUCGACUGCAAGACAAACAAAACCGUAUGCGGCUGGACAGAAUCACCCACUUCGGUAUAUCUUGCGGGGACAAAAUACCAGGGAAAUUUGACUUAGAAAUAGAAUAUGUUGGAUUAGAGUUCGACCCAACACAUGAGGAAGAGUUCGCGUAUGAAAUGUACAAAACUGAAAAAUUUAUUGUAGCUGUUUAGUAAUAUUUUCUGUUAAAAUUAAGAUUUAGUACCUAAUAAAAUAUUGAAUUAUUAA